CAAAUAUUUUUUCAGUGUGUAUAGUGAAAAUUCGCAGUGAUUACAUUUGAUUGAGCGAGUGAUGGAAAACAUACUGGACUCGAUUAAGGUCAAGGAAGAGCCUUACAAUAUUUGGCCAAAUGCAGGUGAUGGAUACAGUUUCGAUAAAGUAGACCCUUGCGAAGCCAAAAACUUUGAUACACUUUCGUUUUAUGAAUCAUCAGCAAAUUACAUGAAUCAGGUUAUGACGUUACAGGAAAAGUUAGAUGAAAAAAUAUUCAUCGAUUUGGAGUGUAAAUAUGUUAAACCUGAACCAAAGACUUCAUCAACAACCACCUGUAAAACUGAGUUCCAAAAUGAUGCACCAAUUGUGAAAAUAGAAAACGAAUAUCCGAAAAAUAACUUGAAUGGAAAGAAACUGGUAAUUUUGAUAAGAAAAGAAUUUGAUUACGAUAAUAAGUGUCCGUUUUUAGAAAAAUUUCAGUUAAUCAUAGACAAAUUUAAAAAGUUCAAAGCAUUUAGAAGAAUGAAUCGAACUCAAUUAUUUCAUGAGCGCAAAAUGGGUCAUAAAACUUAUAAAAAAGAUUUGACACAUAAAGGCAUUAGACCAUAUGAAUGUGUGAUUUGUCAUAAAUCAUUUGGUCUAAAAGGUAACCUCAAAGCUCACAUAAAUACAGUCCAUAAUCGGAGCAAACCCUUCGAAUGUGAUACAUGUCACAAAUUAUUUGGAUACCAGACAAAUCUCAAAAGGGUCCUCAAAACUCACAUAAGUACAGUACAUGAUUGUAGUAAACCGUUUGAGUGUCAGAUGUGUCAAAAAUCAUUUGGAUUAAAAUCUACUCUCAAGAGGCACAAAAAUGCAGUGCAUGAUCUUAAAAGACUAUUCGAAUGUGAUCUUUGUCAAAAAUCAUUUGGAUUAAAAUCUAAUCUCAAUAGGCACAAAAGUACAAUACACGGUUGUGAUAAACACUAA